AUAUGGUAUAAUGACAGUGUGCGUGUACAGGUGUAUAUUCAAAUUGAUUCGGACUUCAAUAUUAUACUCUCUGGCCCGUAUUCUGAAGUCAGGUUUAACUUAGACCAUGGUCCAACUCUGUACUAAAAUUAUGGGAAGCCAAAAGUGUCAAAAAUGUUAUUAAUUUGUAUGUUUCUUAUGUUUACUGUGCUCUUUCCUGAUUCAUCGAUGGUGGAGACAAUCAUCUAUUUAGACUUCCUAGAAAAUUAUGAAUGAUUUGAGAGCCAAAUGAGAUGGAGCUGACGUCGUUGAUUCUUUUCGUGGUGGUUUUCAACCAACAUAUAACAUUUUCUCUUCAGCAAGAGGCAUGCGAAUCACAACUCACUGAAUUCGAAGGAUCAUGCUAUUACUUCGCUCAAGGCAAAACCAAUUUCUCAACGUCUAGGGCAUCAUGUGAGGGUCUUGGGAUGCACCUUGUCUACAUAGAGUCCAGAUCGGAACAAGAAUUCCUGGUGAACACCAUGCAACGGGGUAAUACAUCCUGGAUAGGGUUGUCCAGUUUGGUCUGGCUGGACGGGUCAGGUCUAAGUUAUAGUGACUUCGGACAUGGGGCAUUCGAUGAGGACGGACAUUGCUUCAGGAUGAAAGAAUUUGACGGUAGAUGGUACGAUAGAAGCUGUUCUGCCUCGUAUAGAUUCAUCUGUGAAAAACAGGGCGCAUGUGGUCCGGACAUGCCUGUUUAUCAUGAUGAACAUGCUGGUUCUUGCUACCACUUCUCUCCAAGCGAGUCCACUUUCAGCACCUUGAUGACUCGAUGUGAAGAUCUGGGAAUGCAUCUUGUCUUCAUCGAGUCGCCAGAGGAACAAGAUUUCUUGCGAUCGAUCCACCGUGACGACUUCUGGAUAGGCAUCUCACCAAUAACCUGGUUGAAUGGCUCAACUGCCACCUUCACCAAUAUCCAUUAUGAGUAUACUGAGUUAGCACAUGGAGGACGGUGUUUCCAGGUGGAAUGGAGUUUCGGAUGGGAUGACACUGACUGCUCCAACAUGCACUAUUAUAUUUGCGAGAAAGAUGUAGCAUGUAGUGAAAUGAAUGAAAUAGAGCAAAACGGUUCCUGUUACUUCUUCUCUGACCAUGCUGACUAUAAGAGGGACUUUUUCCAGGCUGACGGUUUCUGUAAGAUCCUUGAGAUGAAUCUGGUGUCAAUUGGAUCACAGGAAGAGCAAGACUUCCUGGUCAGUCAUCUUGAUGAUUACGAAGACUAUUGGAUUGGUUUGCGUGGAAUAUCCUGGCUCGAUGGCACAUCUCUUGUCUAUAAUAACUUUCCGUAUUACGAUUCUGCUUUUGAUGACGACGGUCGCUGCUUCUUUAUGCAUCCAUCAGAUCUGCUGUGGUACGACGAGAGCUGUUCCGCUAGCAGCCAUUACGCAUGUGAAAAGGAAAUCGGGGAAACCUCUACUGACGGAGAGCCAGUACAGACUUCUGAUUCGCCACCCAGCAAAGGCCACGGGAGAUCAAUGUCCAUCAAACUUGUUGCUGAUGAUUCUAUUCUCAAGAAACCUCAUGUGCUUGCUUCACACCGUGUAUCAUCAGUGAGUAGAUGCGCUAUACAAUGCCUUGCCGAAGAGAGUUGUUCCUGCUUCACCUUCAUCGAACAAGAGAGGGCGUGCUUACUUGCUGUUGCUUGCGAUACUGGCGACGGGGUGAACUAUGAGCCGAUGCAAGGGGCUCGAACAUAUUCGAAAGUGUAGAUUUAAGUGACUAAUGAUAUAAGCAAGAUUCAAUUUUAAGAAGUACAAGUCGAACUAGAUCAAGUAUGAAGUCAUAUUAUUUCUUAAGUGGGCAACGAAUAAGAAUGCAUGCUGCAACCUUCGUAGAACACACUAAAUGAUCUAUGAUGUACAUUAAUUAUAAGACGUAUCGAAUUUUCAUCUUUAGUCGGUGUAAAGAUCCUUAGUCUAGCGAAAUGCCUCAAUAAUCACUAUGACUGUCUUGUAUUCCAACAACCAACAGUGACACUCCAUUUUUUAAUAACUCAAAUCCGUAAGAAGUCCUAACAUGAACCAAUAUCAUUUCCCCUUCGGUAUAUUCGGCUUCUUUUCCAAAGUAACGUUUGAGAGAAAUAAAAUCAAGCGAUGAAUGAAUUCAAAGCUAAUAUCCAUUAUUUGUAUUGUUCAAAUUGUCAUGCUUAAUCUAGCCCAAUAGAGUUACAUUAUAAUCAAUCGCUGGCACUUAGUACUUUGUUCAAUUUAUGUAUUUGAAUGUUUGAAUACCGUUGAAAUAAUCGCUUUAAUUUUGCAAUGUUUAUUAUUGCUGUAUUCGCAAUUCGCAUUGUUGACACAUGUCAUUUUGAAUGUUUUCUUUCUGUAAAUAUUAUCUGUUAUUGCAUGCUCGUGUAUAGGGGUUCCAUGGGAGAUCAAAUAUUGUUGAAUGGGCUACCCUUUAUUUGAAGAGUUUAGUUGCAAAAGCGGUUAGGUCCACUUUGGACCAUUCCGAGAAAAACCAUGUUUUUAUUCUCACUUAUUGCAAUAUUCUUAUGAGAAACUAAAUUAUCAUGAUGUACUACCCUAUCAUGUGUACAUAAAAUUGGGUAUCAAGGAAAUCUUCCUGUCUUCAAUUUUUGUCUAUAUAUUUUUUUUUAAUUAUCAUUGUGGACCUAACCCCUUUUGCAACUAAACUGAAAUGAAUCCAAUCUCUUUUUAUUAAAAAAGUGAUUUUUCUUUGCCACUUUCA